AUGUCCAACAGCAGCUCCAUCAGGCACUUCCUCCUGCUGGCAUUGGCAGACAUGUGGCAGCUGCAGCUCCUGCACUUCUGCCUCUUGCUGGGCAUCUCCCUGGCUGCCCUCCUGGGCAACGGCCUCAUCAUCAGCGCCGUAGCCUGCGGCCACCACCUGCACACGCCCAUGUUCUUCUUCCUGCUCAACCUGGCCCUCAGUGACCUGGGCUCCAUCUGCACCACUGUCCCCAAAGCCAUGCAUAAUUCUCUCUGGGACACCAGAAAUAUCUCCUACACAGGAUGUGCUGCUCAGCUCUUUUUCUUUCUGUUCUUCAUCUCAACGGAGUAUUCCCUCCUGACUGUCAUGUGCUAUGACCGCUACGUGUCCAUCUGCAAA